GAAGGAGCGCCUUAAGCGUGUUGACUACACAGUAGAGCAGCGUAAUUUACGCUGCUUUCCUUCGGAUCCAAGUCCAACACUAAUCUUCUGUUUUGGUUCACUUCUUGUUCAAGGCUCAAUUUCUCUGAAGCCCAAUAAGAAAUAAAAGGCCCACGUAGUAGAGAAACAAGCCCAUGAAUGCAAAAUCUAAAGGGAAAAUUGCCAGCCAAAUUUCUUCACCAGCCAGACGGCGACGACUUCCCGAACCCGCCAAUUAUCUUCCUUCCCUCUAGGGGCCUCCACUCUAUAUUUUAGUCCCACAGAGAGAGUAGCAAAAGAAAAAAAAAACGUUUUUCUUUCUGUAUAGUUGACAUACACAACUUCAUGGAAUCAUGGAUAAUAUAUGUACAGAAACAGAGAGAGAGAGAGAUAGGCGUUGAUACUUAAAGAGAGGGGGAAAAACCAAAAAGAAAAGAAAAAACCCAAAAAAAAAAAAAAGGGAAAGAAAGAAGAGAAAAUGGGUUGUGGGAAUUUGUUCUUCAGCGCACUGGUAACGUUCUCGGUAGCUCUGAUCACAUACAACAUAAUAAUAUCGGCGAAUGCCCCUCUGAAGCAGGACUUCCCGGGGCCGUCACGGCAUUCGUCGAUCUCGGUGGACCCCAUUAUUAAGAUGCCGUUAGAGCGCUCCAAGGCGAGCUCCAAGCAGAAGCGGCUCUUCCACACGGCGGUGACGGCAUCGGACUCCGUCUACAACACGUGGCAGUGCCGGAUCAUGUACUACUGGUUCAAGAAGUUCAAGGACUCUCCCAAUUCCGAGAUGGGCGGCUUCACCAGAAUCCUCCACUCCGGCAAUCCCGACAACUUCACGGACGAGAUCCCCACCUUCGUCGCUCAGCCUUUGCCCGCUGGAAUGGAUCAGGGUUAUAUAGUUCUCAACAGGCCAUGGGCAUUUGUCCAAUGGCUUCAGAAAGCUGACAUUAAGGAAGAUUACAUACUGAUGGCGGAGCCAGAUCAUAUUAUUGUUAAGCCUAUACCCAACUUAUCUACAGAUGGGCUUGGAGCUGCAUUUCCCUUUUUUUAUAUUGAACCGAAAAAAUAUGAGAAAGUCCUCAGGAAGUACUUCCCCGAGGACAAAGGACGAAUAACCAGAAUCGACCCAAUUGGGAAUUCUCCUGUCAUUGUUGGAAAGGAAUCUCUCAAGAAGAUUGCUCCAACUUGGAUGAAUGUUUCCUUGGCAAUGAAGAAGGAUCCCGAAACAGACAAAGCUUUUGGUUGGGUUCUUGAAAUGUAUGCUUAUGCUGUUUCGUCUGCUCUACACGGCGUUGGUAACAUCUUAUACAAGGAUUUCAUGAUUCAGCCUCCAUGGGAUAAAGAAGUUGGGAACAAGUUCAUAAUUCAUUAUACUUAUGGAUGUGACUACAAUUUGAAGGGUGAAUUAACCUAUGGAAAGAUUGGAGAAUGGAGGUUCGACAAAAGGUCUUUUACCCAGGUUCCUAUGCCAAGAAACCUUCCUCUACCUCCACCUGGUGUUGCAGAAAGUGUGGUAACUCUUGUGAAAAUGGUCAAUGAGGCCACGGCAAACAUUCCAAAUUGGGGAUCAUAGACGAGUGGGCUGAAGCCGCUGUAGAGACUAACUAUAUUGUAUGAGCGGCUUCUCGACUUUUUCGUAAAUAUGCAUUCCACUGUGUUGGACAAAGAGCCUUCUUUGUUUCGGUUUAUGCACAUAAGUAUACACAAAUGUAUCCCUCCGGUUUUAUUUUGACAAUCUAUAAUCUAUAAUCUAUAAUUAUAUAAAAUGGAAGGAUUUUCUUGGUU